GUCUUUACGAACCCUUCCCUAGACUCUUUUUUUUACGAUGAGACCCAUUCUCCUCCAAGGACACGAGCGUUCACUCACACAAAUCAAGUUCAAUCGCGAAGGAGAUUUGCUGUUCUCAUGCUCAAAAGAUCAUGUCAUCAACGUCUGGUUCGCCGACAAUGGGGAGCGGCUGGGAACGUAUAAUGGACACAACGGUACUGUCUGGACAAUCGACGUCGACUCUCUAUCCCGCUUCCUGGUCUCUGGUUCCGCCGACAACACCAUGCGCCUCUGGUCCGUGCAAACCGGCAAGUGCCUGUAUAGCUGGGAGUUCCCCACUGCCGUCAAGCGCGUUGCUUUCAGUGAAGACGACGACCAAAUCGUCUGCAUCACCGAGCAGCGCAUGGGUCACCAGGGUGCUAUCCGCGUCUUCGACAUCGACCGCGAAGGCGACGGCACGGACCAAUCAAAAGAGCCCGUCUCGUUUUUUAACCCGACGAGCAGCAAAGCCGUCGUCUGCGCCUUUGCCCACACCCCAAACCUCAUCCUCACCGGGCACGAGUCCGGAAAAGUCGCGCUCUUCGACGCCAGCACCGGUGAAGAGGUCCAAGCCAACGAGCGUGCGCACAUGGAUGUCAUCACCGACCUUCAGCUCUCGCCCGACCGCUCGUAUUUCAUCACCAGCAGCAGAGACAAGACUGCACGACUACACGAUACACGGACGCUGAUGGUCCUCAAAACUUACACCACAGAAACGCCGCUGAACAGCGCGGCGAUCGCGCCAACCAAGCCCUACGUUCUUCUCGGCGGUGGUCAAGACGCAAUGAGCGUCACAACAACAUCGCUGCGGCAAGGCAAGUUCGAGACCCGGUUCUGGCACAAGAUCUACGAGGAGGAGGUCGGCCGUGUCAAGGGCCACUUCGGCCCCGUGAACACGAUCGCGGUCUCCCCAAAGGGCGAUUGCUACGCAUCUGGCGGCGAGGAUGGCUUCGUGCGCGUGCACCACUUUGACGAGAGCUAUUUCCGUGCAAAGCCGUAUGGCGACCUCGAGAUCGAGGACUAGCUGGCGGUGGCUUCCCUGUUUUCGUCAUGCAUGUUCUGUUUUGCAAUGUACAUCGUGGAACCCGCAUUUUUGUGAUACGCGCCGCAAUACGCUGCGUGUCUGCUGCACUCUUGUGAAGAAACUGAGGCAGAGUUGUAUUUGGC